AUGGAGUACAACAAGAGUGAUUUUUCUGCAGAUAAAAUAAAGCAAUACAAGGCUGUUACUAGGCAAUCAAUGGCUAGAAUAUAUGCUGACCAACCAUCGUUGUUUGGUGCUGUGCAUGUGACUCCUUUGGAGAUGGUUAACAAUUCAUGAGGAUGACUUCGACGAAAAAGCAAGAAUCUUAGGAAGAAAUAUUAGCAGCAAAAUAUAAUACAAAAACACUGAAAUGCAGGAGAAAAAUGUUCCGAGGCUUGUAAAGAUUGCACUAACUUCAUACCAAAGGCGUUUUCUGUCUGUGGUUGGGCAUGGCAAAUAAUUUUUCAUAAUACAGUGUGGCAUUUAAAUCCUCCCGGUACAGUCAAUACUGUUUUAGGAGUAGUUCAUCAAUAAAAAGCAUUAAAGCUAAAACAAGGCACCAUAACAACAAUUCAGGAGUAAAACAAAACUUUUUGCAUCUUCCAAUGACUACAAGCUUUUAUUACUUGCUGUUAUUUAAUUCUGACUCACCGAAAUGCUGAAGAACCACUUUUUUCUCUUUUUCAUAGGUGAUGGCUUUGUGAAACAUGACAUAUCACAAAUAUCUAAUGGGAAAUUGUACUUCUACUCUGAGAAAAGAUGGAAUUCUGCCAAGGAAUCAUCCUCCUGUCAAGACAAGCUUUCAGCAGCAGAAUUCUCAUGUAAGUUAAAAUAGUUAAUUUUGUAGCACUGUGCAGCUACGCAGUUUAAAAAUUUGUACAGUACACUAUUUGUCAUUUAUUUAUCCAACCUCGUAGUAUACAAUACUGUACCCAGAAUUUUUUUUUCUGAGAUCCUCACUGUUACAUGGUUAACCCAUUCAAUGCCAGCACUCACCCCCGGACGAGUAACAUUAUCUAUUAAGUAUUGUUAGACAGAGUAAAAGAAUAAUUUUUACGCCCACUUUCAAUUUUUUGGCCCACUCUACAGUAAAGUUUAAGUUUUUUGGCCCACCCCGGACCUGUUGAAAAUUUCAAAUGUUUGGCCAACUCUAAAAUUUCAGUUUUUUGGCAUACCCCAGACCUGUCGAAAAAUUCAGAAUUUUUGCCCAUGCCAGCUCUAAAAUUUCAAAUUUUUUUGCCACCUUGGACCGGUCGUAAAAUUCACAUUUUUUGCCCACCCCGGACCUGUCGAAAAAUUUCAAAUUUUUGGCCAACUCCAAAAUUUCAGAUUUUUUGCCCGCCUCGGACCUGUUGAAAAAUUCAGAAUUUUGGCCCACCCCGGUGACCCUUUCUAUUAGUUGGAAUCCUAGUGUACAGUACAAGGUCUAGUGAAAGAUUAGCUUUUGCUAAACUGGCAUAUUUCUUAUAAAUUAUCCUUCUUUAAAUAAAGUUUAAUAGUACAGUAAGCUUUCUUUAUUUACAAAGUCUUUGAUCCCUCUCCUCACAACAAAUGAUCUGAUUCCCUUAAGCUCUCCUGAAUCUGUGUAGAAAGGUGCACCAGAAAAAUAAAGUAAUUCUUAAGUACCCAGGUUCAGGUAACUCAUGAUAUCAUCUGAAUCAUGAUAUCAUUACUGUACUGUACAUGGAUGUUAGUAAUUUACAGUAUCUUGAACUCAUGGUACUUUCUAAAUUGAGAGCCUGAAAUUUGCAUUACCCCAAUAUUUGCAUUACCCCAAUAAUAGUUUUAAAUUUGCAUUACCCCAAUAAUAGUUUCAAACUCUGAAAGACUUGCAUCCCAACUAACUGGAUAUUAUAAAAUUUCAAACAUUAUGUAAAGUAUGUGCAGUAGCUAUUAAUUAAACAUUGAAUGUCUCUAGUGUUCUCCUGUUAGCAUUUGAAUACCUUAUACAACAGAAGUUUGUCGAAGGUUUAUAAAUGUGAAUUUUACUGUUGUGUAUUAAUGAAGCCAACUUGUUUACUGCGUAAUUGUUCACUGUUGAAUCCCCUGAUUUUCCUCACUAUUACAAAUUACAAAGUUAUAAAAUUGGUACUUGGUUAGCCUGCUUGCUUAGUUAGCCUAUAUAGUACUUGGUUGGCUUGGCCUGGAAAUAAUUCUUACAUUAUCCAAUAUUCCAAAAUUGGAUAACGGAAUCUCAGGGGAUACUAAAACUAAUAUAAUUAACUAUGAAUCAACUUAACCCAGAGUCACCAUAUAAAAUACUAGUCAUGCAUUGUUUGUUUUUCUUCAGGGAGUUCCAUUUACAGACGUAUAAGUUAUAGACUGAUAUAACUUCACCAGAUUAAUCUUGUUUAUCCUUUUUUCUGCAUUUUCUUCGCAGUUGAAAUAUCAAACAUGACUGGGGAGCACAGGUUUGUUCCAUGGGAAAUGAUUGACCAUUGGCACGUCGUUUAUGCAGAUAGCAGCACUUGUGAUAAUUCUGCCGGCCUGUUUGCUGAUAUCACUUACACAAUCCAGUUAAUGAACAAAGAUAAACAAGGCAAUCCCGUGGAGCAUUUUAGUUAUGAAGAAGCAGGUAAAUGGAAGUGGAAUGUGCUAUGGUAUACUAUAUGAAUAAUAAACAAAGUUACUGCGAAUAAGUCGACCACAGUCACCUGAGUGGAAUUAUUUCCGUGUUCAUAUGUCUGUUUUUAUCCCAUCUAAUAUCCUGCCUCAGUUGGAUGACAUUAUGUUUACAAUGCCGUCUUCAAAAUAUUUCUUGUUGUAAUUAAACUAAUAAUAUACCUGAAAAAUUUUCUCAAUUUUGAUUGGCUAAGAACAAUGCAAUUUUUUCGAAAUACAGUGCCAAAAAAUGAAAUAUAGUGCAAAAAAAAGAAAUACAUUUUUUAUUUUUCAAAUUUCUUAAUUUCUAAAUGUGACUUACGCACGUGACUGCAUAAUUUUUUCAUGUAUAAUAUUAAUAAGUAAUAGUAUGGUUUCUCGUGUAAUUUGAAAAAAAAACAUACACUCGUGAGUUAUUCAAAGACUUCAAAUUUUGAUAGUCUGUGAAACUAUCGGACAUGGCUCGUUUCUCAUUAGCCCGCGUGCAGGACCAAGGGAAGAAUAGUGGGCCUGCAAGCAAGGCCCGGUAUUUUGUAAAACGCCCCUUUUCAUAACACGCCCCAUUCGCGCGUCAGUUGUCAAAAAAGAACCAAUGACAACAACCCAAAUAUUAACAAACAAACUCGCAUUAAAAUGUUACGGGGUUUUCUCUACUUUAAUAUUCAAAAUAGAAACAAUGUGUAAAUGGCUGUGUUUUAACUCCAAAAAAGCAAGCAACGCAAUCAGUAAUUUGCAAGUGCUCAUUUUCAACUAAAAUCGGAACGGGCAAAUUAGGACGAAUUUCAACAGAAAACCAGUCUCAAACUUCAAAUCGUGAGGGAAGUCGUGCGACCACAUUAACAGUUAAAUGUCCGGCGGUGCUUCGCUGUCGCCGUUGUUAUAAAUAAAUUGUCUCACUUAUCAGAUCGUGUGACUGUGCAAUUUUUGUUGGCGGCGGAAAGUACGAAUUUAUUUCAGUUAUUUCAUUUGGUAAAGAACUCCACAAAAGAAGAGAGGGUUCAGAGUCCAAAUCGUUUCGUUUCAAACGGCAAUUACCGUCUUCUGUCUCGCUCUCUCAUGCAGCGAAGCCCUGCAAAUCGCAAAGUGUUUCGAAUAGUCUUUAUACAUGCAACUGCCUCUAAAUCUUCACCGCGAAAAGCGCUGUUUUCUUCAGUUCAAGAACAGAGUCAACAUCAACCAAAAGAUAAUUUUCUUGAGGAACAUAUAACAUAUCAAGUCUGUUUGAAAUUAAUGAAACUCAAGUAAAGGUUACUAUAGUUUACCCCGGCAGUCGUAUUAAAUGUUGCUAUUCCAACACUUCACGACAAGCAAUCCCCAUUGGCAUAACGGCAAAAACAUCUCUUCCUUCAAGUAAACAAUAAACAGUCUGUUCUUGUUCCAUUUUUAAUCGAAAAAAGUGAUCAAUUUUCGAAUUUUAAGCUUAUCGAGAGCCUUUGUGAUGAAUCAGUGAUCUAGUUAUAGAAUCAAACAGCAAACAGCCAAUCAGAAUGCCGCGUUCGUGGGCGAACGCGGAAAGUACAAAAUACCGGGCCUUGCUUGCAGGCCCACUAUCCUUCCCUUGGGCCUGCACGUGGGCUAGUUUCUCAUAUGAACACAAAUCGAAUAUUAAAACAAAGUUGGUAUUUUGCGUCUGGGCAAGGUGAUAGCAACGUUAGAUGGAGGAGAGGUGGCAGAAACCUAAUGAAAUGAGUUGAUAGUGUUUUCGUCUAUUCUAUUAACAAUUUUGUCCUUGACAGUCAAACAUGGUACUGUAAAUGUACGGUAUAUUACUAUAUAUAUCAUGCAAGUACACUGAGUCACUGACAUACUCUUUUAAUAUUGCAAAAAAUGUACAUGCACCUGCAUGAGAAGCUAACAUUAAAGCGAAAACGUUUAAGAAGAGUUUGGGUGUUUUUCUUUAUGAAUGAUGUUUUUUUUUCGGUUUGACAUUGAUAGUUAAUACCUUUUGUCAUUUCCAUAGAUUAGGUACAAUAUGAAAGCCUGGUUUACAUGCACUAUCAAAGUUCCUUCGUUGAUCACAGUAGGAAUUUUGCAUAGGUAAAUUCUAUGUUUCGAAAGAUUCGUAAGAAAUGGUUGAGGGAACUGACUCGGUGUUUAAAGCCCGUUCUCCACUGCACUAGGCGAAUUUGUUCGCGCGAACAGUAAAAAAGUAGGAACUGAUCCAACUUUUUUGCGGCGAAUUUUUUCGCUGACCAAUCGGAUUACAUUGCCAAGAUUUGUUUUUCGCUUCGCGUCGCGCGAAAAAAUUCGCCUAGUGUAGAACGGGCUUAACACUGAUCACACUGACUUACAUGCGCAAAAUCCCCACUGUGAUCACAGAAACUUUGAUAGUGUAAAGCAGCAUUAAUUUUUAAUUUCUUAUGUACGACUGCAAGUUCCUAUUGUAUAAUUUGUAUUACUGUAGACAGACUACAAAUACUUUAGAGGACAGUUAAUUUCUAUAUCUAAUUUCAAUCUUAAUUUAUAGGUCUCUUGGCCUUCUACAAGGUUAUUACAUUAAUUUAUUUUAUCACUGGUUCAUUAUAUGGACAGAGACUUUGGCAGACUAUUAGCAAAGGAGGACCAAUGCACCAGGUUUGUUGAAUUAUACAUAUUUUCCGACAUAAUAUCACCACGUAGAGGAUGCUCUACGUAUAGAGGAUGCUCGACAACUGGCCUAUAUAGGUGACUUUUCUUUGUUGCUCCCUUCUUGCCACACUACGCAAACUUGCGACGCUUGAAUUGUAGUUCCUGCAUCGUGAACGACGCACGUCGCAAUAUGGUCGCAACAUAGCUGCUAAUAGCGACCCAGUGAACUGUAAUAACACUGGAACGCUAACUGCAGAUAAACAUGCCCAUACUUGCCUGAAGCCAAAAUGGCGCUUCUCGCAAGCACGGCCAGCAAUAAAUUAACUUUCAAAAGGACUGGGGAGAGUUUCGAGGAGCUUUUUUAUCAAAAGGCUUCAACUUUAAAGAUUCAAACCUGGUUUCCUGGAUAGUUCUAAGUAUUUUACAUCCACUAACAGCAAAAACUUCCUGGGUAACAGCUUGAUAUUCAAAAUAUUACACAAGUUUGAACGUGCCGAAAAAAACUUCGCACUUUGACUCCUGAAAAAAGAACUUUAUAACUGCUCUACAGUACGUUCUGGAAACAUGUUUUGUAUUAAAUUUCAGGUAUUGUUGAAAGUUUUUAGCUUUUUUCCUUGUUGAAAUACAGCUAUUUAGUGGUCGAAAACAGACAUCUUUUUGGUGGCGUAUUUUCCACUCCAUACGUACAUGGCGGCCUUCAAUUUGGUUUCAAAGAUGGCCGCCAAGUUAUCGUUCCAGUUCCCUUAGAGUUCACUGUAGCGACCUUAGGCAUAUACAACGCCAGCGCUACCACGGUGGCAACCAAACUCGUUGAGCUAAAUGAUGUAAGGAAAAUCUGUCUUCUAUUAUCCAUCGUAUGAAAGGAAUACGGCUUAUGGAUCGGGUUAAAUUAAGUCAAGGAUUUAGAGUCGAAAAGAGUUCUAGGAUUAAAUUUGAAAUAACCGUUGUCCCAGCUUGAAAUAUAGCCGUUAUAUACAAGACGCGAUAAUCUGCGAGUUGAUGUUGUUAACAGACGACAUGUAAUACCUCUAUGAGAUUGUUAAUUAAUCAUUUCUUUUCUACAAUAUUAUGAUUGCCGUUAUACUAAGUUUCUAAUAUCGGUAGUUGAAGUGUAAAAUUGAAAGCUGUUUCUUUUCACGUCCCCGUACUAGAUUAAGCCUUGGCUGCCUUGCUUAAGUUCGCUAAUACGCUCGAAGGAUGGUGUCAUCAGCAUCUUGUUAACAGCAUCUUGUUAACAGCAUCUAAGCUACAUGUAUGUAAGGAUACUACAGUACAAGCAUUCAUGAGUUGUAAUGAAAUUACUCUUUUGAACUUUUCAGGUUAUCAAAGAAUUAUCUGUUGGAGUAAUUUAUCAUGCACUAGCGACAUUGUUUAUGUUGACAAAGUUGCUUUGGUAAGUACAUUAACCAUAUAUAUAUACACUAUAUUAUUCUCACCAACGCCUAGUGUGCUGGAUAUUACAAAAUUCCAAACAUUACUGUAUGUACAGUAGCUAAUUAAACAUUGAAUGUAUCUGGUGAUCUCCCAAUAGCAUUUGAAUACCUUAUACAGAAGUUUGUUGAAGGUUUAUAAAUGUGAAAUUUACUGUUCUGUAUUAAUGAAGCCAACUUGUUCGAGCGAGAACUCGAGUCCAAAAAGUGAAGCGAAAAUGUAAAUUGAGGUGCUAUUGGACGUCAUGCAGUUCCACUUCCUUUCUAUUGUUUUUGUCUGCGCGGUUAACACGAAGCUGGCAAGGAGUGUACCGAAAUUUGGUAUUUUGACAUCGAUUUGAAGAAUAGCACUGUGUCUAUGGUUUUAUGAACUGAUAUCUUGUUUAGCGAUACGAUCCGUUAGAAAAAUAUUGAACUAGCUGGGAAAAUGGUAGAAACUGUUUACGACCUUCAGAGCUACAGUACUGGACGUCAAUUUCCGCCAUCUUGGCUUCACUUUUCUCAUAGGCCGAAUGACUGAAGUUCUUACUCCACAUAUAUAGAAUUCAGUGCCUACGGGGGGAUAAAUUACUAAGACUACGUUGACACUACGCCGGAUUUGUUUGAAAACUGCGCUGAAAAGUCACAAUUUGCCGUCGCGUUCCCAUUACGCCGGAGCGAAAUUGUUUGAAAACGUCAUUUUUGCCAUGACAAUUUGAGCGCGGUUUCUAAACGGAGCGAGAUGAAUAAGGAGCGCUUGGCGGCUUCGUGUGUGAACAAACGCCGUUACUUUUUUUGUACCGUUUUCAAACCAAGCAUCUCAGAUCUCAAAACAGUAAAUUCGAAUGCCUUUGGUUUAAAUUUCUUUGCUCUAUUUGAAAUAUUUUGGGUUUACACGAGUGCUAAUUUAGUUUGUAACCAAUCUGUAACGGCGUGGUGUGAACACACGACGUAAAUUCUGCCCGCAUUAUUUCGCUCCGGUGUACUGUGAGCGUAGUCUAAAUUGAGCGUCGUUCAUGUAUGAUCGAUACCCAUGGGGGAGAACUUGUGGAUGGGGCGAUAUACAAAUCAAUGUAUUUUGGAUGCAAAAGUUUUUUUGGUAAUACCCAUAUAGUACGCAGGAAAUAUACCCAUAGUACGCAGCGUAGUCGUCUACGCACGUAAAACUCUCACAAGAUGUGUUCGCAACAGGCUUGUGGCACGUUUGCCAACAAGUUGUAACAAUGCUGUCAUUUUAUCAAGUUGCUACAAGGUUGUCACUCACAACUGUCUUGUUGACAAAUUGUUGAAUUGCAGGACGAUAACAAGUUGUUGGAACAACUUGUAACAAGUCUGUUGAGCUCACCAACCUUGUAGCAAGUUGUCAACAAGCUGGGAACAAGCAGUGCGAACACAUCCUGUUGACAAGUUGUUGGAACAGCAUUGCCACAAGUUUGCUGCAGGUUUGUUACAACUUGUGCGUUUUUACGUGUGUAGAAUAAUUACAGUAUACCCAAGCCGUAGCCAUUGCUGCUACAGUAACUUCCCAGGCCGUUCCUCGAAUUAUAGUGAAAUUGAAAAUCGGCUCAUCGCUUAUCAGUUUCAUAUAAUGCGCGCGUGUAUCGGUUUAUGUUCAUUUAUAGGUAUGCACAAGAUGGGAAAGAAAAUUCGUAUCUUAGUUUGGUAGUAAUAGGUGAGUGAAGCAUAAUCGAAAUUACUAAGUACCGGUUUCAAUCGGUAAGCACCCGGUUUCUUAUGCGUAUUUCAGAUUAAUAUUUUCCAUUGAUCCUUAGGAUAACAAAUUUUCAUCACAUAAUAUGUUUCGUCACAUCACAUCAACCUGCUCGCUUGUAUUGUGUUUACAAGUUUUCAAGAUUUUUCAUUGCCAUGCAUGCAGAGACCGUUGCAAAUUUCUAUAAAUCUCAUUGUCUUAAAAUCGUGGACUUUCUACCUGUCAAUGAAAAAAUAAGUAAACCUUUCAGUUUAUUAUUUCGUCUCUACGCCGUCCCGUGAACGGUAUUAGAGACCUUACGAUUUUAGGACGGCAACGCGACGACGACGGCCAAAACAAACUCUUUCAAAUAAAUGGUAGUAAAGAUAAUUCGUCGUACAUUAUCAAUCGUAUGAAUUUAAUACAGUCUUAGAAGUUGAAGACAUGGGUUUUAUGGUUGGGAAGAGUUCUCCUGAACCCAGUUUGAAGUUGCACUUGUUGCGGCUUGAAAUGGAGCCGUUGUAUCGAGACGUGAAAAUCUUUGAUUUGGCGUUGUAAACAGAGCGAGGACAAUGUCUAAAUUAUUGAUAUAUCAGUUGUAAUUUUUCAAUUCUUUUCAAUGAUCUAUUGUAUUGGUAGCCGUUGCCGUCGCGUUGCCGUCCUAAAAUCGUAAGGUCUCUAUUAUCGACAAUGCAAUACGCGGGUAAAUGUAGAUGCCUUGAAAUCAGUGUACAUCAGGGCACUUAUAUAGUGGGCGGUGAAACGGCUACAGGAGCGCUGAUCGAUGUGUAAUGGAGGGGAUUGGUAACGAGAUAACCUUCGUUACCAUACUGACAUUUUCAUCUUUAUUUGGCGGGAAAGGUGAAUACAACUGAGCUGGAUAUUCUUUAGUAUUUUAGUUGGUCAACAAAUGGGUACUCAUUUGGUCUACAAAUACAUAGGUAUCGACUGUCGAGCUUAAAAAUCCGUACAGUAUAUGUUCAAGUAUCUUUGCCAAUUUUCUGGAGAUUUGCUCGAAACGCGCUAGCGAAAUAUUUUUGUGAAAAAUGUUUUUAAAAUCUUCGCAUGCACUGCUGUAUACACGUAUAGUUCACGUUCGAUAAAAUACAACCGGUGAUACAUUUUAGCUGGUAUAGCUGAUCUUUUCAAUAGAAUGUAAAAAGAUUCAUCACAAAAAGUCGUCUUGACUAAGUGAGCACAAAAUUUCUAGGAUGGGAUCAUAAUUUCUCGACUACUGCGCUUUCGGCUAUAUACGUCUCAGUACUGUAUAAGUCGUACCUAACUUGAAUAAACUGGCCAGAAAGUAAAAUGUGUUGACAGUUCACAGUUACUUCAAUAAACUGCUGUGCAAAAAAAAAAUCAACUCCGAUUGUUUUUAAUUGUGGAGAUAUAAUGUGAGGUAGCUAAACAACAUUUUGAAAUCUUGUUUUGAAAUUUUCCCUCGAACGAGGGCUUCAAAGAAACCAUCAUCUUUCAACUUUAUACUGUUUAUGGGCCAAACAAGCAUUCAUACAAAAACAUUGGUUAAAAAUGUCAUAUUUAAAGAAGAAAAAACCCAGCGAUAUUAAAUAUGACAGUGUGCAAAAUUCCACCUCAUCGUCAAAUUUUGCCGAAAAGCACGCUCGUGUCAGCCCUCUUCCGCAUCACACGUCGAUAAGCGCGCUAUGAGCGCGUUUCACCGCCCACUAUUUGACGCCCUGGUGUACAGUCGGCAUGUGUUUUCACGUGUUUAACCGGUGCGUACAGUACUUCAUAUGUGUGUUUUCUUUAUUUUAGUGUUUCAGUCGCUUGCCGAAUUUAAGAUGCUUGACAUGUCUAUUAAGGUAUCCUUUGGAUGGAUGCUUGGUUCGUCCAAAAAUGUCAUGGAUGCGACGUUAUUGCGACAAAUUCAGUUAGUUGUGGGAACGGUUACAUUUCUAGAGGUACGUUGCUGAUUUUAGUACGCUAUUAUAGAGAGCAUUUGCGGGAAAGAUUGAAAGGUUUGAUCGUUUGUUGCUAUUCGGAAUUUAAACAUCUUCUUAUAAUAAAAUAGAGUCAUCCAUCGUUGUUUUGCCAGGCACUAUAGUAACUGCAGUGUGGUUUUCCUGAGUUGCUGCAGUGUGGUUUCCUGAAUUGCUGGAGCGUCCACCAAUCAGAACACAAGAAACGCCACAUGUGGUCUUCUUUCAAACGUUUUAAAACCGCUUAUGCAUGCAGUAAAUUUCAUUUUAAGUCAUCCGCGUCAGAUGUUUCAAUCCGGGCUAACCCGCGGUUAUCUGCAAAUGACUCCAGCAAUAACUACUUGCAGAGGUGAAAAAGUAUAUCGGAACCGAUCUGCAUUUUACAGGAUUUUUCACAGACAUUUUUUUAUGCUUGAUAGCUAAUUCUGAAAAUCCCGCUGAGUGAAUACAAAUAUGUGUAAUUAAUCUGCUAACUCGAUACCUAAAUUAUAGGGUAACAGUUUCAUUAAAAAUAUUUAUGAGGACUUUGUUUUUAAUCCUACAAGACUGUAACUACCAUGACUGUAUACUUCGUGAUUUACUGUAUCUUGUAUGGGUAAAUAUCAAUAUUUUGUUGGCAUCUCACUCGAUUGAAUAACAGUUGACGGAUAUUGUAGAUGGGAAUUAUCGAGUGGAAAUUUAUAUACUGUACAUCUACAUGCAGAGUGUCUAAAAAAAAACGCUAUGGAAAUUCAAAGGCUGUCGUGCAUCAUAAGCUUAGCUGAACAAUUCAAUUUUUACGUAGGACGAAAUUGCUGUUAUUUAACUUUUCUAUGAUGCCUUAAAUUUUUAAAUCGUAACAAUGAGAAAUGGCCACAUACUCGAAAUCACAUUCUUCCACCGUUGGGAAUUGCAUGGAAAACUUAAACGAAACAUAGAGAAUUCCCAAGAGGGAAUUACAGUAAAGUUGAAUGUUAAAUUAUCUAAAUUUCGUUUUCUCAGGUGUAAAUAGCCGGGCGGAAUUAGUACCCUCGCCCCGGGCUUACGCCCAGAACGGCGCUCCGCGCCGUUGCCUAGGGGAUUAGAUCUAGCUAGGAACAGCUGCGAACGAUGCAACGUUAUAGGUCCCUGGCAGUAAUCGAACCUGCGGUCCUGCGAUUCCGGUGCAGCACUCUAACCAACUGAGGCCAGUUGUCGAGCUCUAACCAUAAGUUCAUGUAUAUAUAUAUAUACUAGGGUACUGCCACGUGUAUAUCAAUAUUUUGUUGACAUCUCACUCGAUUGAAUAAUAAUUGACCUGGUUAGGUCUGAUAAAUAUAUAAAAAUUUCCACUCGAUAAGUUCCAUCUACAAUACCCGUCAAUCGAGUGAGAUGCCAACAAAAUAUUGAUAAUUACCCAUAAUCUAUACACGUGGCAGUACCCUAGUAUAUAUACAUGAACUUGUGGUUAGAGUUCGACAACUGGCCUAUAUAGGUGACUUUUCUUUAAAAACUCAAGGCCUCAGUGAAUCCUUUACAGGAAGUCCUUCUCAUCAUGAACUAUACACUAUAUUUUAAUAUGUCAAUUCCCGUUGUCGUUUUUUUUAUAGCUAGUCCUGUCUCUAUGGAAUCAUAUAUUAUUGCUCUGCAUUUGCAAGUGUUUAGUGGUUGGAGUUGUGGUAUUUAAUAUAAAAGGAAAGUUGAGUGAAGAAAGGAGCAGCUUGCGGAAAGAUUUUUACACUAGCGUGGUUAAGGUAAGAUUUCAAAUAAUAUUACAUUGUACUACCCUGACUGCUGGUUAUUCAAAGCUAGGUUACCUUAACCCUAGAUUAACGUAAAUGUAAAAUUGAAAGCAAACUUCCUGACAGCUUGUUUUCCUGACAGCUUCUCUGAAGUUUUGAAAUAAACAGGCGUGCAGAAAUACACAAACUAUAAAACAGCAGGUUACAUUUUAACCCAGGGUUAGCGCUAACCCACCUUUGAACAAAGUUUAUAUACAAGCUGCUGGGAAGUAUACUUUGAAUUUCACGUUAACCCAGGGUUAUACUGUAACCGGUUUUUUGACGGGCCGGUUGUUCAAAAGCCGGUUAGCUUAAUCCUAUAGAAAUCUUGUCUGGUCAGUAGCGGUUCUCUUUCCUGAAGUUUUGAAAUAAGCAGACGUGUAGAAAUACAAACUAAAAGAGAAGGUUAAAUUUUAACCGAGGGUUAUAGCGUUAAUAGGAUGUGGAUUCGCGCCAUCAGAUAACCAUGCAUGCAUCCACUCUAAUUUCUGGCCUCCGUUCUUAUUUUUUAUAAGCCUAGUGCAUGAAGUCAUGAAUUAAAGAAAAUAAACACGGUGCUUAUUUGAGGUGCAUGUGAAUAUAAGGCCAAUGAUAAGAAGCUGCUUUAGUACAGUACAUCUAAUGAUGCUCGGUUGCCAGAGAACCUAUAGCUGCUCCUGCCCACAGAGGGCCUGCAGAGGGCCGAUAGUUGCAUUUUGUCGCAGCUCCUUCUGGUUAGGUCUGAAAAUUGUAUCUAACGUUCCGCUCGAAAUUUUCAUCUUCGAAAACCUAUAGCUGCUCCUGCGUAGUUAGGUCGAAAUUUCCUUCUGCUAGACCCUUAAUUCAACUGUUAGUUCUAUCGAGCGAGAUGCCCCCAAAAAUCUUUAUUUAUUUUUUUGUCUAGAGCUGCUGUCUUUGGUUUCUGGCUUUGCCUUGUUCAACUUUAAUAACAUUAAUUCUUCCAAGUUAUCAUAGGUUAAAGGUAAGCGUGAAUUUUACAAUAUUCCAUGUUGGGAAUGUUUUCGUCCCUGUUCCCGAGGUCAAAAUAUAGCUGUGCAACUGUAUUCUGGGAAAUGGGAGAAAUUGUAUAAUAAUAAGGUUUGGAGGCUUGUAUGUGCCUCGACUAAGCGUGCCUUGCAGAUACCUUCUUCUCGUGCAAGUACAGUAGACUCAAUUCAAUCUCUCUGGCAUGCAUGUGUUUUCCCCUAUUCGUUGAAGAUAUAGGGCUUCGGUGGCGUAGUCGUCCGAGCAAGGGCCCUUCACCUCUGAGAUCGUAGGUUCGAUUCUCGCAACGGACUCAUCUGAAAAGAGUCCGUCAACGCUCUGUCGAAUAUCGUGGGUUUUCUCCAUGUGCUCCGGUUUCCUCCCACAGGGAAAGUUGACAGGGUGGGUUGGAAUAGUUUGGGAAGUAAUAUCACAGUUGUUGUGAAGAUAAAUAUAGUCUCAGCUAAAUAGGUACUGUAUAUAUAAGUACUGUAAGCGUAUACAUAAUACAUGAUGUGAUCGGUCACUGAAAAGCCCAUAGAUAUCUUAUAUACUAGGUAGUGCAUUUAAUUAUUCUGCAAUUCAAAAAUUGAAGCCGUGAUUGCAGACUCAGGAUAUUCCCAUGAAAUGAGAAGACUCGUAUGUUUUAUAUUUUUUAAACAGGGAACUUAAAAAUUAAGUUAAACCUGUUCCAAAUACAUUUUCAAACUAUUUAAAUGAUGAAAAAUAUUGUUUUUUAAGCGUUUAUUAGCGAGUGGGAAACUCCAACAUGGCCGCCAUCUAUUCAAAUGGGGGUAACCGCUGGAAUAUUCUUGGCUUCAAUUUUACUAAGAGAGAUGCGCUAUCUAGUGUAUAGAAGAUAUCUAUGGAAAAGCCCCGUUGAGGGGUGAGCUGAGUUAUUUAUAAUAAUAAUAUAAGUAUAACGUGAAUGCUUCUGCUGAAGUAUUGAAGUAAAAAUUGACCAUGAAGAACAGAAUCAACCUGUGUUCUACUGUGCGGUAGUGUUGAAAGACGAGAUUUCAGGUUGGCUUAGGCUUCGACUUUUGAGUUGAAAUAAGUAACAGGGCAAGUACUGCAUGGUGUCAGGCAUUGUGCAUGUGUAUUAAACGAGAUGACCAGUAUCUGACAACAACUGAUAUUCCGCUAACAUGUGGCGGAUAAACUGUAUGCAUGGGGGAAGCUAGACAGAGUGAAUGUGCAUGGGUAAACCAUCUGCAGGGUGGAAAAUGUCCCACUAUAUGGGCGCAACAACAUAUGGUUGACAGACAUUAUUCCUUGAAUUUAAAACCAUGGUCAGCUAGAACACCACAUGUUUAUGGCUUUAUGCACAUGCAGAUUUAGCACAAAAAUACUCCGUUGGUCUGCAGGAAAUAUUUGUCUCCAGGUUGUGCUCCCUGGAAGAAAAAUCUUUUUUCCUGCCCUGCAUGACCAUGUGAACAACAGAGUACAAAGUAUAUAUUUAUUAUAUGAGAACUAAAAUUAAGUAAAAAAUGUGUGAAAUAUAGUUAAAAGGAGAAUAGGAUUAAAGGGCAAGAGAAUAAGUAGAGUAGGAUAUAAAGCAACCCCGUAGGCAUUUUGACCUAAAAGUCUUCUUCAGCAGGGAUUUUGUGAUUUCUAUGUAUACUGUAUAACUGGUGUAAUUGUGCAGGAUUAAAGGAGAGUAUUGGGGGUAAUAUGAUGAAAUAUAUAAUGGGAAUUAAAGACAAUAAAAUAACAUACUGUUAAUGAAUUAGGUAACUUAUUAAACUUAUACAAACGGAAUUAAAUAAAUGAAAAGUAUUAAGGAAGAUGAAUUUCAUAAUUAACCUGGCUAAAUGACGUCGGGAUAAGUUGAAGUCGAACGUUUUUUUUGAAAGGGAUUCUUUACGUAUAUAACAUUUUCUUAUAGAUCAACACAUUUGCUCAGCGUACUGCUGAACUGGUAGCCGUGUUUUUGCUGUAUAAGUUGUUUUUGUCAAGAAGUUUAUACUGGGAGGUGUCGUCGUUAUCGUCUGCUACCCUGCCAUUGAGGUUGGACAAAGCGUGUGGAAAAAAGAACUACGAAACAUACAAAAGAUGAAAGAUAUGCAAUACAGAAACUGUCACUACUGAUGCAUAUAUUCAGGGCUUGAAAUAGCGGGCUGCCAACGGCCAAAAGCAGCUGCCAUAUUUUAGAAAUGGCAGGCAAAAACAAAUUUGAACUGCCAAGUCAAAAAAAAAAAUGGCAGGUGAAAUAGAUCAUUUAUAGGUGACUAAAUACGCUAACUUUAUAUUUGAAAUGUAAAUCCAAGUUUACUGUAGUAAAAUAGACAAGUUUAAAAAUAAUAAAAAUGCAUAUCAUGAAAACGUUGAUUUUUACGGCAUGACUCCAUGAGACAUUACAAUAUGAUUUACCAUGAGACAUCCCCAUUUUGGCAGUUCAAUAAAUAAAAAUGGCAGGCUAAAAUUUAUUUCACCUGCCAAAAAAAUUUGGACACGCAGGCAUAUUUUUUCUCUACUUCGAGCCCUGAUAUAUUACAUGCAUGUAUACAGUUGCGUCACUUGGAUAUAGAAAUAUGCGUGCAUGCAUGAUAUGCGCUUUUUAAUUAAUAAAUAUAGUAUUAACAUAACUAUUCCAGAGAAAGUUAGUAAGUUUUUAAAAUUACUGUCUAGUGUUACCAACAGUUAACUUAAUAAAAACAUUAAUGUGUG